CAGCAACCCCAGCAGCAGGAGCCCCAGCAGCCGCAGCAGCAGCAGCCGCAGCAGCAGCAGCAGCCGCAGCUGCAGCAGAGUCUGGACAGCAGCAGCUUAACAGGAGGGCUGAGCGUGGGGGAUGUACUGAGUUUGGCUAAGAUGGCCUUAGAGCAAAAAGCUGCUGCUGGUCCUGCUGCUGCUGCUGCUGCUGCUGCGCCUCCUGUUGCUGUUGCAAGCCUAGUGUCGGCCCCACAGCCGCUGGAGGCAGCAGCAGCAGCAGCAGCAGCAGGGAUGGACGCAGCAGAAGCACCUGAUGAAAAUAUAAUGAAGCAGCUGAAGCUCUUGACAAGCAACAGCAGCAGCAGCAGCAGCAGCAGCAGCUCGGAUGACGAUGAUGGGCGCUUCUGCAAGAUCCUCGCGGAGCACAAGGGCAGAGAGCCUACCCCGCUAGUGUUUGGGCGUCUACAGGAGAUUGUGGGUGCUCGAGGAAUGGCCGCCAUGCGCCGCUUGUUUGCGGUAGUAUUUCAUCCCGAGUGUCUCGACGACAGACUGCUCUUUUUGUUUAUAAAUGCAAUAAAAGAAAAGGUUGUUUUCGCGACCCUGACUGAACGACCCUCAAGCAGCCCUUAUGAAACAGAAGAGACUUCACCGUUUGCUCUUCUUGCUGCUUGGAACUGCAUACCUCAAACCCCUACUGAGGAGGCCCCCCGUGAGGAGGGGCCCCCAGAUGGGGGCCCCUCUGAAGAGGAGGCCCCCGAUGGGGCUGCAUGCGAAACGAUUGAAGCACAAGGGUUUGUUGAGGGUACUCAUUUCCUUUCUGUUCGUCCGAACUUUGAAUUAAAUUUGGGGGCCCCUGGGGCCCUCACCACCCUCUCAAUGGAGCGCAGCUUUGAUUUUAUCUUACCCCCAGACAGCUUGCGUUUAUUUACUUUUCGUAUUGAGGAGACUCCCUACGACCCCACACAUUAUUGCUUGCAGCAAACAGCACCACAGAGAGAGGCCAGAGAUAGAUAUAAUCCCUUUCUUGUUGCUUUAUACCCAAUAAAUGAGCAUCCUGCUGCAAUCUCUUGUUGUAAUAAAGAAAAAGAAACACGCCCGGAUCCUGCACUGGGGUCCAAGGAGCAGCCUUUCUGCUGGCGAGCGACUGAAGGAGAUUGGAGCGGCCUUUUAGUGCUGCGUCCUCGCAGCGAUUACCGACGCGGUUUAGCGCCUUACGGGGAUUUUAUCUGCGGUGUACGUACACCUCCUGCUGCUGCUGCAGCAGGAGCAGCAGCAGCAGGAGGAGAAGCAGCAGCAGCAGCAGCAGCUACGCUGCUGAGGAUUACUGUCUCUAGUGAAGGCAGCAAGCAAGACCCUCGCUUGUUCCCAUUCAUUGAUGUCGGGAUAACCCCUCCGGGUUCAAUUUGCGUGUCUCCUUCUGAAGAUGAAGAUGCAACUUUGUCGUUGAUUCUUGCUAACCCUCUGCCGGAUUAUUUCUAUGCCGUUCGUUUCCUUGUCCCCAACUCCACCACCAGCACGCUAUCUUUAUUAAUGCAUGCAGCUGGGUCUGCAGAUCUGCAUAUAUCUGAGGUGCCUCUACGAAACGGUAUCCCUAUGCUGCUUCGUCUACCCGGGGACUGGCAUGAUAAUGAAGCCUUUAAAACAGCUAAAGUAGAGGGGCCUAUUAUAUUUGCGUCUUCACCUCUUGCUACGCAUGCAAAGGAGACAGGAGACAUCCUCUGCACUCUUCUUGUCUCGAAACAAAAAAUGCAGCAAGAGCAGCUUACACAAAGGCCGUUGGGUUUUAAGCUGAGUGUGGUGUCUAGUGACCGUCUUACUGAAGUUUUUUUGUUUUCUCCUGGGAAUGAGAAGCCGUGGGCAUUUGAAGUGAGGCGUCGCUCUCCUUUAUCAGUAGUUAUUUCAAUUAAAGAAGAACGAGCAGCAGCAGCAGCAGCAGCAGGAGCAGCAGCAGCAGCAGCGGGAGGAGAGCGAAGCCUUCAGGUGUCUACGUCUGAAGCUGUUGGGGUCUGGCGUAUAUUACUAAACCCAACAACUAAAGAUGUUCCGGUUUCUAUUCAAUUAACAGCAGCCUUUGGAGGUUUGGUUGAUGGAAGCAUUCGGGUGUACAGACACCCCAACUUGCAAACCCUUCAAAGCAAUGCUCAACAUAUUACCCCGGGCUCUGUUGUCUCAAGCGAUAUUUCAGCAGACCCUAAUAGUCCAAACCACAGAAAAAUCUUCAUCUUUCCCCUCGACUUCAACGUCCAGACAGUUGGGGGUUUAGGGUUUGACCCGUCUAUUCGCUGCACUGCGAAUAGCUUUGGUUUAACUUCCGUACGUUUGUUUGCUAAUGCAAUAACUUGGGGGUCUGAGGGUUUGCAAGGGUUUAGGGCUCUUAAUGAAGACAACUACAAACUCCCUCUCCCAGAAGAACCAGGAUCGAUAUUUUGGCCUGAGCGUUCUGGGUCUGUGCUUCCUUCUUUGCGUUCGUUGGAUUUAUUAUUUUAUAAACCCUCGUCAGACCCUAAACCCUCGACUGAGGGUUUUGAAGCUGCGUACGUGAUUGUUGCGGAGGGAUAUAACUCCACCCAUGCACAGUCACCCGAAGCUCCAGGCCCUCUUAAGCGUGCAGCAGCAGCAGCAGCAGCAGCAGCAGCACCUACAACAGCAACAGCAGCAGCAGCAGCAGCAACAGAAGAUACAUUUACUCUAAUGUGCAGCUUUGCUGCAAAUGCAACUCCGCUGGCUUUUGGCGAAACAGCAGAGGGGUUUUUAAGUAAAGGAGAGAAGAGGGUUUUCGUUAUCAACAGCCCCGAUAUAAAUAAAGAUAUUAUCAUCUAUCUUACAAGUGGAGGUGUGGGGUCUGCUGGAGUGUAUGUUGGAGUAAAACGAAUGAAUGUAGAAGAGGGUGCAGAUGCAUAUGCUGCUUUACAAAAGGGUUUUGAAUUAAAAGAUUUAACACCCUUAAGCGAGGGCACUGCACAGUGGUGGUCUGACGGUCUUACAGCUCCUCAGGUGUAUAUACACCACGCAAAGUUGUCGCAGCUGCGGAAGCAGCUGGGGUGUACAUUUGCUUCGAGCUCUGCUGCUGCUGCUGCUGCGCCUGCUUCCUCUAGCAGCAACAGCAGCAGCAACAGCAGCAGCAGCAGCAGUUCGGGGGGCAAGAAGAAAGAAAUGGUUUCUGCUGCUGGUGCUGCAGGCGCCAAAGCAGCAGAAGAAGCAGAAGGCGAAGCAGCAGAAGCAGCAGCAGCAGCAGCAUCAAUCCCUGCUUCUCUUUGUGUGCUACGCAUUGAUAUUGAAGCCCCAACAGCACAACCGUACCGCUUGCUGCUGGAAGGCAGCAGCAAUUCUUACUCUUUUGCUGUUAAUCUCUUAUCUUCUGGUGUUCCUUAUCGCGGUGUUUUACAAGGAAGGAGCUCUGAUUAUUUUAAGCUGGAUAUACACCCCAAGUUGCUGGAGGAUGAUGCAGACGCCUCUAUACGUAUUCUUCUUGAAGCGCAAUCAUUCACCAGCAGCAGCAGCAGCAGCAACAGCAGCAACAGCAGCAGCAGCAGCAGCAGCAGCAGCAGCAGCGGGGGCCCCUCACUAACAGUUGUGUGGCCUGAUGGUUUCUCUCGCGUUUUUAGAUUUCCUAACAGCCGCAAAGUCAUAAUUAAAAGAAAAGAAAGAGACUGGACUCAGGGUUAUUUCCUCUUCCUGGUAAGACAAACAACAACACAAGCAGCAGCAGCAGCAGCAGCAGCAGCAGCAGCAGCAGCAGCAGAAGCAGUAGCAGUAGCAGCAGCAGCAGCAGCAGCAGCAGCAGAAGCAGCAGCAGCAGCAGCAGCAGAAGCAGUAGCAGCAGGAGGAGUAGGAGUGCAUGAUUUAUCUCUUUCUCGACUAGAUACCUGCCUAUACACCCUAGAGGUAUCUAUACAGUCUGCAGCAGCACCAGAUGCAAUUUCUACAAGGCUGCUGAGGACAGGCAUCCCAUUAUUAGGUUAUGUGCGGGGCGAUAGUGUUUCUCGGUUUGUUUGGAGUCCGAAAUACUAUGCAAGCGAUAGAUAUAUUAUACCCCCAGGAGCAGGAGCAGCAGACAGCAGCAGCAGCAGCAGCAGCAAGCAGGCAGCAGCAGCAGCAGCAGCAGCAGGAGCUGCUGCUGCUAGACGUAAGAAUGCUUUAAUACUGCUUCGAGCUGCUACAUAUAGCAAUCCUAUUGAUGUUUAUGUAACGAGGCUUCAUAAGCACGACUCCUAUAUUCAUCAAACAGCAAAACCUCAAGACGACAAUCUGCCUACUGGGGUGUAUAAACUGCAGCCAUAUGCAGACGACCCCAACACUCUCUUCUUGCGUAUCGGUUCGAGUUGGGGUUUAGUAGGUGAAGAGGACUACGCCUCUCCCUGCAGCCCUCAAACCCUAAAGGAGGCUGGAAGCGUGUCUGGGGGUUUGUCUGAUGAAGAGGGUUCUCUAUAUACUGUUGAUGACUGCGAACUGCUUAUAUCUGUCUACGACCGAUAUGCAAACGAUGAAGAGCUGCCUCGAGAGACUUCAUUUUCAUUGUUGAUAUUUUCACACUUAGGCGAUGUUUUUAUUCAUGGGUACUUCGGCUCACCAGUAGAGUUGCUGCUGCAUUCUUUUGUUUUGUCUGGAGGAGUUAAAGUUUUUAUAUAUCCUUUAGACAAUCCUUCAGCAGAUAUUUAUAUUAAACUAACUUCUUCAGAUGCUAAACUUGUCAAAGAUAUGACAGCUUGGCUGGACUUCCAUGAACAGCUACUCCAAGACCCAAUACCGUAUACAGCUGAGGGGUGUUUGCUGCCUGACGGAUCUGAAGGCUAUGAGCCGUAUAUUCAAUUAGUUGCGAGAGCACAGAGUGCUUAUAUACCCCUCAGAGACGCCGCAGACAAAUCUCUCUUCUCUGUAGACCCCCUCAACCCCAAAUUCUUCUCCUUUGAAACAGAAGUGGCUGGGGGUUAUUUGGUCUUAACUUUAGAUGCAGAUCUGCGUGCACGUCAGGAGGAGGAGGAGGAGCAGCAGCAGGAGCAACAGCAGCAGGAGCAGCAGCAGCAACAAGAGAAAGAGCUGCAGCAGCUGAGUGUCUAUGUAUGCAGCGGUGUUGUGGGUUUCGCCUGGGGUUCAACGCGUGGGUUUGCAGAGGAGGAGGCGGGGAAGCCUACUUCAUUUUUUGCUGGUAGAUUAAAAUCAAUUGAAAGAUCGUUAGAAGAAGAAACCCUAAAGAAACAGGGGAUGCUCAAUCCGGUUAUACCUGCUUGGCGACUUAAUUAUGUAGGGGCGUCAAUAAAAAGCCAGCGACGAUUUGUAGGUUCAGGCUUUCUUUCUUCAAGCAGCAGCAGCUUUUCUGUUCGUGUAACGCCUUUAAAAGAUGCUAUUUGCUUAUCAGCAGCAAAUAUUGAUGUUCAUUGGAGCAUCAGCCGCUCCAGAUGGCUGCCUCAGCUGUGGGGCAGUGCUCCGAAAACUGUUGCUGUCGAUAUUAGCUGGAGUCCCCUCAUUGCAGCACCUGCUGUCGAUACUAUUACUGCAGCAAAUGGAGACUCGGAGGACUUUGCGUGUUCUCCUGCAGCAGCAGCAGCAGCAGCAGCGCGUGGUUCUGCUGCAGUUGAUGGUUUUGUUGUUUACGAAGUGUUUAUUGCGAAAGCAAACAAAGCAGAGUCUAAUUGGCUGGCGCCUUGCGGUGUAUAUCGUGACGCCUCUCUGCUGCAAACUGCUAAAAAAAUCUCCGUUCCCCCCGGCCGUCUUUCACACUCCAUCAACAUCGAAUUCGAUGAUGAAACAGCCUAUAGGGUUGGUGUUAUAGCGAAGUUCUUUAAAAGCAAAUCAUCAGGGUCUGCUCAGCCGUUUGCUUAUCGCUAUACGGAAAUACCUGCAGAAGCGCGAGAAGAAGUCUUUCGUUUUGGGGGGGUGUCUGUCUUUUUGCUGGUACUUCUAAUUGCUGCUGCUGUUGCUAUCGCAUGCAAAUUCAUCAGAAGAGGCAGCCGCGUGGCGCAGGUCUUCGAGGGAUUGGAGAUGAGAAGGGGAGGCCCCAAGUCGUCAAUCUACGGCCCUGUACCCACCACCAUUGGCUGCAUUGAUGAGGGGUCAAUGCAAGAAGGCGAUGCUGGAGAUAUUUCUUUAGGAUCUGCAGAAUUAAGCGAAAUGGCAGAUACUCCGUGGCUUCCUCGAGAUUGUCGCUGA